AUGCCUCUCCAGACGGCAACCCUCCGCAUCGCUCGUCCGUCCGACAACAUCGACGCCCUGAUCCCCUUCUACGUUGACGGCCUAGGCUUCGAAUUGCUCUACCGAUUCAACCAGCACGAAGGGUUCGACGGGAUCAUGUUGGGCCACAAAGGUGCAGGAUAUCACCUCGAGUUUACGUCAAAGACGGGACAUACUGUUGGGCGUGCGCCUACGGAGGAUAAUUUGUUGGUCUUCUAUUUACCUGAGGGAAACGACUUUGAGGAUGCUGUGAGGAGGAUGGAAAAGGCUGGGUUUGCGGCGGUGAAGAGCUUCAAUCCAUACUGGGACCGGUGCGGGAAGACGUUUGAGGAUGCGGAUGGGUAUAGAGUUGUUUUGGUGAGCACUGAGUCGCCGUUUUGA